CUAGCUAGCCUGGCAAUGUAUAUUCUUGCCCCUGCCACGCCGCCGCCUGGCCCCGCGCCGACGCCCGCCGCCCGCCGCCCCUUGCCCGGCCACACGCCGCCACAAGCCGCCCGGGCGCCCGCCGCCGGAUCCUGUUCCUGCUACCGCGCUCGCGUGAGGCGGCCGGAUGUCGCGGAGGAAUUUGAGGAGUAUGCUGAGAAGGCGAAGACCUUGCCCGACAACACGAGCAAUGAGAACAAGCUGAUUCUUUAUGGACUCUACAAGCAGGCCACUGUUGGAAAUGUGAAUACCUAUCGUCCUGACAUAAUACACCAGAGGGACAGGGCCAAGUGGGAUGCAUGGAAGGCUGUUGAAGGAAAAUCCAAGGAAGAGGCAAUGAGUGACUACAUCACCAAGGUGAAGCAGCUCCAGGAGGAGGCUGCUAGCUCUUAAGUCUCUUAAGUGUUGAACCAAACAGAUGUAAGAUGAGCUCCUAUGCCAUCUGAUGAUGAAAACGAGAUCACUGGAUUCCCAAGUGAUCAUAUGCUAUUUCAUCAUUAGGCAUACUGUAUUAGCUGCUAG